CACACACACACACACACACACUCACACACACACACACACACACACACACACACACACACACACACACACACACACACACACACACACACACACACACACACACACACACACACACACACACAUCAGAGCAGGUGAAGUAGUGAUUAUUUCUGCACGCACACACACACACACACACACACACACCUGCACAUCUGAGGCGACAACACCAGUUUUAGUGCAGCACGAUGAUGAAUGGCACCAAUAAAGAUGCGUUCAAGAGCGUCAGCAGGAAGGCGGGCCUGCAGAUAUGGACCAUCCACAACCUGCAGAUGGUUCCUGUUCCAGCCCAAAGCUACGGCAACUUCUUCGAGGGCGACUGUUACAUCGUCCUGCACAUGAGCGACGCCAAAAGCCCGGCGGCGGACCUCCACUACUGGAUCGGGAAGACGUCCUCGCAGGACGAGCAGGGCGGCGCCGCCGUCUACGUCAGCCAGCUGGACGAACACCUGGGCGGGGCGCCGGUCCAGCACCGGGAGGUCCAGGGUCACGAGACGCCUCGCUUCAGGGGCUACUUCAAAAACGGCCUCAUCUACAAGAAAGGGGGCGUGGCUUCAGGCUUCAAGCACGUGGACACCAACGCGUACAAUGUGCAGCGUUUGCUGCACGUCAAGGGACGGAAGCACGUGACGGCCAGCGAGGUGGACAUGUCAUGGAGCAGCUUUAACACGGGUGAUAUCUUCCUGCUGGACCUGGGCAAAGUCAUCGUGCAGUGGAAUGGAGACAAGAGCAACAGGAGAGAAAAGCUCAAGGCCACCUUGUUGGCGCAGGACAUCCGUGACCGGGAGCGAGGCGGGCGGGCACAGAUCGGCGUGGUCGAGGGCGCAGACGAGCGCGAUGCACCUGAGCUGAUGAAGAUGAUGACGGCGGUGCUCGGCCCACGCAGCGGCUCGCUGAAGGUCGCUGUUCCUGAUGACGACGAUGACGCCCAGAAGGCGCAGAACGGCAGCGUCAGACUCUAUCACGUGUUUGAUGCCGACAGCAACCUGGUGAUCCAUGAAGUGGCCUCCCAGCCGCUGACACAAGACCUGCUGCAGUCUUCCGACUGCUACAUCUUGGACCACCGCGGCUCCAGCGUGAUGGUGUGGAAAGGAAAAGGGGCUUCCAAGGAGGAGCGACGCGGCGCUCUCACCAGGGCCGUGGGCUACAUCAAGGCCAAGAACUACCCAGCAUGCACCAGCGUGGAGGUGAUGUCGGAGGGAGGGGAGACGGCCAUGUUCAAGCACCUCUUCAAGUCCUGGCGGGACAAGCAGCACACGCAGGGUCUGGGCACGACACACACCUUGGGGAAGAUCGCCAAGGUGGAGCAGGUGAAGUUUGACGUCCAGGAGCUCCACGCCCGUCCUGAGCUGGCGGCUCAGCAGCGCAUGGUGGACGACGCCUCCGGGGACGUCAAGGUGUGGCGAGUGGAGAACUUGGAGCUGGCUGAGGUCACUUCCAGCACCUUUGGACAGUUCUAUGGCGGAGACUGCUACUUGGUCCUCUACACGUAUCGUGUCUCUGCCAGGGAGCGACACAUCCUCUACAUGUGGCAGGGUCUUCACGCCACCCAGGACGAGGUGACGGCGUGCGCCUACCAGGCGGUGACGGUGGACCAGCAGUACCACGGGACUCCUGUGCAGGUCCGAGUGGUCAUGGGCAAGGAGCCUCGCCACUUCCUGGCUAUCUUCCGAGGAAAACUGAUCAUCUUCCAGGGCGGUACCGGACGGGCAGGCGUGGCCAGCCCAGUGGGCGGAGUCAGGCUCUUCCACGUCCGAGGCACCAGCGAGCUGAACACCAAAGCCACGGAGGUGGCGGCCCGAGCGUCGUCCCUCAACACCAACGACGUCUUCGUGCUGGAGACGGAGCAGGCGUGCUUCCUGUGGUACGGCAAGGGUUGCAACGGCGACGAGCGGCUGAUGGGAAAAGACGUGGCCGAUGGUCUGUCCAAGCGGGACAAGCGGCUGGUGAUGGAGGGACAAGAACCCGCCGACUUCUGGCUGGCUUUAGGGGGGAAGGCUCCGUACGCCAGUGACAAGAACCUCCAGAGGGAGGAGCCUCUUCACAGUCCCCGCCUCUUCGAAUGCUCCAAUCAGACGGGACGCUUUCGGAUGACCGAGGUGGACGACUUCGCCCAGAGCGACCUGGACGAGGAGGACGUCAUGCUGCUGGACACCUGGGAGGAGAUUUUCCUGUGGGUGGGGAGCGCCGCCAACCAGUACGAGACCCAGGAGGCCUGGACCUGCGCCCGGGACUACUUGAGGACGCACCCGGCGGACCGAGACCUGGACACGCCCGUGGUCUUCGUCAAGCAGGGCUCGGAACCGCCCACCUUCACCGGCUGGUUCCACGCCUGGGACUCUCACAAGUGGAGCGGAGGAGACUCUUACCAGCUGACGAAGCACAAACUCAACCAGCAGACUUCUCUAUCACACAUCAGUCUGAACUUGAAUGAGACCCAAGUGGACCCGGGCCCCGUGGGUGGUUACCCGGCUCCAGGGGGGCCCAUUAGCCCCCCCGCAGCCUUCCGGGACCACGUGGGAGGGAGGUCCCCGCCCGCCAGCGACCCCAGCGGUCCCAGCGGUCCCAGCGGUCCCGGGAUGAGCGUGGACCCCGAGCUGCUCAUCCACAAGCCGGCCUCCGAGCUCCCGGAGGGCGUGGACCCGUCCCACAGGGAGGACCACCUGUCGGACGCAGACUUCCGGCGGCUGCUCGGAACCGAGCGACUGGACUUCCGGCGCCUGGCCGCGUGGCGCCAGAAGGAACUGAAGAAGAAGGCGGGGCUUUUCUGAGGACUUGGCUGCGAUUGCUCCUCAUCUUAAUUAUUUAUUGUGUGAAUGCUCCCCACAUGUGCUUUUCUUUCUUCUUCAGGUUGUGGCGCCCUCUACCUGCCACAUUUUUCACCACAUUCAAACCCUUCCAACUUCAAACUUUUCAGAAAAAUUUCCCAGAAUUCCAGGUUUUUCCUGGGACAUUUUCCCAUGCAAAAUGAAUUGGCCAUUUUUCAAACUUCCACCAUUUCCACAUUUUUCAACCGAUUCAACCCAGACCACCUUCAACAUAUUCCACUCAUCCUGGAAAUUUAAACUACCCUUUUUUCAAGUUCAGAAAAAUUCCAGGAUUUUCCAGAAUUCCUGGUUUUCCAAAGCCCUUUUUCCACUCUUUUUUUUGGCGACUACUCCUUCCACAUUUUUCAACCCACUUCAAUCGUUCCAUCGUCAAAACAUUCCUCUUGUAUAUAUAGAAAAAAUAUAUAUAUAUAUGUAUGUAUAUACAUAUAUAUAUAUAUACAUAUAUAUAUAUUUAUAUAUAUAUAUGUAUAUAUAUAUAUAUACAUACAUAUAUAUAUAUAUAUAUGUAUGUAUAUAUAUAUAUAUAUAUAUACAUAUAUAUAUAUAAAUACAUAUAUAUAUUUAUUGCACACACAGUAUAUUAGUUUAGUGUCUUUCAACUUUUACUUUCUAAAAAGCAGUGUCCUCUAUAGUGGACAUUUUUUCAUAUCAUUUUUGGAAAUGCAGUUUCUCAGAAAAGUUAACUCACAAUUUAAUUUUUUAAUAAGUUAAAUACCUGUGGUCAGUAUAGCUCGGUUGGUAGAGUGGCCGUGCCAGCAACUUAAGGGUUGCAGGUUCGAUCCCCGCUUCCGCCAUCCUAGUCACUGCCGUUGUGUCCUUGGGCAAGACACUUUACCCACCUGCUCCCAGUGCCACCCACACUGGUUUAAAUGUAACUUAGAUAUUGGGUGUCACUAUGUAAAGCGCUUUGAGUCACUAGAGAAAAGCGCUAUAUAAAUAUGAUUCACUUCACUUCACUUCACUCUUAAUUAGGACAGAAAACAAAAUAGUUUUUUUGAACUGGAAAAAUUCACAAUUUUCCCAAAAUUCUAGGAAUUCCGUAAUAACAUUUCUCAAUUCAACAUUUCCCGGCCAAUUUGAAAAAUUCCAACACCAACCAUUUCAACUUAUGCAGACCAUUCAAGUUUUUUUUAAAAUAAUAAUAAAUAAAUACAAAUCCCCCUUUUCCCGACAUUCCCAAUUUUUGGGAAAUUCUCAUUGAAAUCAAUGGGACAUUCUUCAAAGUUCCACAACUCCAAAAUUUUUCAUCUGAUUGAAACGAUUCCAACUUUUCAGCCUAUUCGGGAAUCGCGGGCUUUCUCUUGACAACUUCCAAAAAUUCCCAGAUUUCCCAGAAUUCCAGGUUUUUCCGGGACAUUUUCCCCUUACAAAAUGGAUUGGCCAUUUUUCAAACGUCCACAAUUUCCACAUUUUUCAAAAUAUUACACUCAUCCUGGGAAUUCAAACCUAUUUUUUUCUGAAGUUAAAAAAAAAAAAAUCCAGGAUUUUCCAGAAUUCCUGGUUUUCCAAAGUCCUAUUUUUACCCUUUUUUCUGUCGACGACUCCUUCCACAUUUUUCAACCCACUUCAAUCGUACCAUCGUCAAAACAUUCCUCUUAAUCAGGACAAAAACAAAGUUGUUUUUUGAACUGGAAUAAUUCCCAGUUUUCCCAAAAUUCAAUUAGAAAUGUUACAUGUCAACAUUUCUCAACCGAUUUGAAAAAUUCCAACACUAUUUUGACGAAUUCAGAACAUUCAAGUUUUUAAACAUUUUCCCAAAAAUUCCCGCUUUUCCCGAAAUUUCCAUUGAAAUCAAUGGAACAUUUUUCAAAGUUCCACAACUCCCACAUUUGUUAUCUGAUUCAAACCUUUCCAACUCCAAAAUAUUCCGCCCGUUCAAAAUUGUGUGCUGGCCAACAAUUUCCCCGAAUUUCCAGUUUUAAGGACAUUUUCCCCAUUCAAAAUGAAUGAUCCGUUUUUUCAAACUUCCACAAUUCCCACAUUUUUCAAGCUUUUCAAACUAUUCAACACAUUCCAAGUUCCAAACCAUUUUUCCUGAUUUUCCUGGAACUCCAAACUCUUCAACAUUCUUCCAUUCUUUCAGUAUUUCAGUUCAACUUCAGCACUGGAGCGUCCACACUCAUCUCCUGAUCUAAUAUUUCAUCCAAAAAGCACUUGUUGGCAUGUUUUUAUUCCAGAUGGUCAACUUGCACGUUAAAAUAAAGUUAUUAUGAAUAAUUACGAAUGACAGAAUAUAAUGAAAAAUGUGUCCUUGUAAUAUUUAAUAUUUGCUUUGAUAACAACAGUUAUUAAAAAGUCAGCAUAAAUUAAA